UAAAAAAUAACGUCAUGUGAAUUCUUGUUUUGGUUUGAUUAUUUAUUUGUUUACUCGUAAAAAAUAUCACAAUAGAGCUUAAUAAUUUCAUGAUUGAAGCGCUGAAGGAUGAACAUGAAGUUGAAUGCUGCGCGCGCAUCCUUGGGUCUAUAAUUUGUCGGUAAAACAGUGGACUGUAGGGAAAAUAAGUCGAUUAUCCUGCAGUCCGAUCAGGUGAACGAGAUGAUUUGUAACCGAUAGUAAAAAUUGUGUAAAUACGUACAAAGCCAUUAGAAAAUCUUGCUACUAAUACUUCGAUAGUGAAUGUAUGUAAUUCGAAACGAAAUCCAUCUGAAAGCAACUAAAAUAAAGUCCAAAUAAGAGCCUUACAAAAUGGAUGCAGAACCCAAAAGAAAACAAGUGAGCUAUGACCAACUGACAGCUCUAUUAGAUUUUCUCAAAGAACAUGAAGACUUGGCUAGGGGACUGACCAGAGGGCGCCGACGUCGGGGAAAAUUCCACACCGUGAAGGUCUGGAACAUGUGUGCUAAGAAACUGAAUGCCAUCAAAAAUGGUGCAUUGAAAGAUGGGAAGGGCUGGUCUAAGUAUUGGUGUGAUUGGAAGUACCGAGUGAGGCGGCGAGCAUUGGAAUUGAAAGCUGCCAAGGAUGGAGACAGACCACUGGCAGAAGGGAUCCUACCGUUGUCACCAAUGGAAGAGAACAUAAUAGCUCUCAUAGGAGACAGCGCCGUUGAUGGUGUGGUCAUUAUGAAUGAUCCAUUGUCUGAAGAGGGAUUUGAUGAACAUUAUGCAGUGAAUGCAGAUGGCAGUCCCAUUGACCAGUAUUAUGACCCUACAGAGCCAUCAGCCAGACGUAAAAGGCAGAAAACAUCAAAUGAUAAUGGUGCUGGGCCAAGCAGUCCACUUGACAGGAAACCAACUAUAGAUCUGGCUGCCAGUGGUGAUAACAAGGGAUUAGGCUCUGGCACACGAUCGAAGCGACGAAGAAAGCAACGCUCACCAGUCAAUUCGGACAUGGAUUACGAUGCAUCAGGCAGCAACUCAAGUUGCAAACCUGAAGUUGGACCUAGAAAUGAACAGUGUAUUGAUUCAGAGUGUGAUGACAAGGCUUCAGCAUUUCUGUCCAUUGAACGGGAGAAAGUGUUUGGUACAAGCAAGAUAAUAAGUACAUUGGAGAUGAUACACACUGAGAUAGCGCGACUGACAUCCGUCAUGGCGGACAUAAAAGACUGUUUAGUUACCAAUUACCGGCAGAUAAGUGUGACUUGAACUUAUUAUUAUUAUUAAUUAGGUUUGUGUAGCUUGUUUUCAAUGUUCAAUGUUAACUUAUAGUGAUUACUAAAGGGGAGUCUGUCAGCUAAAUUGAUAUCAGCGAAUUAAGUGUUAGACAUUGGUGUCCAGGUAUGGCACUGCCCUGGCCUGGAGAAGGAUGUGUGGUGGUUCUUAGUCAGUGAAAGUAAGAGUAAGAGUCUGACUCUCCCUCUCGCCCCUCCUUUUUCCCGGCGGGAAAAGCAAUUUGAAGGUUUCCUCCCUUCAAACAAAACACAAGUUGUUCUUACAUAUAGCCUCCACUGUAUCCAUGACAGACGAUAUAAUUUUAUUUAUUUAGAGUGGCAUAAGAAACAGCUUAAGUGUUAGCCAUACCAGGUAUUUCAAUUUUGUAUAGCGACCAUAUUUGUUCCUGUAUCCCCUAUAAAUGUGCAAAAUAAAAUAAAUGUCUUCGUAUUUACGUGAAUUGGUUUUAAGUAAUUAAUGCAACUAAACACAAUUUUUAAUCUUAUUUACCUAAGUACAGUGGUCGUAAAAUAGUACAACCAUGAGUGAGAGCGAGACGGAACAAGCUAUGAAGAAUGAGCAGGAAAGAGAUGACAUUAUAACGUUUGUUCAUUUUAAAGUAUGAGAGCAAUUUUAUGCACACUGUACCUAAUUAAAAUUGUAUCUGAUGCGAGUUUUCCUACAUAAAACAAUGUGAUAUUUUUAUUUUGUUAUUUAUUUUAUAAUUUGAUAAGUAUUUAAGAGCGUUUACGCGG